CCAAACCCGCCCAACAUGCGGCGGAAGGGGAAGAACCCCCAGUGCCGACUGCGUUCCCAUCAAGACCCUGGGCCGAUGCCGUUGCUGUGUACAUUGGAUCGCACCUGUGCAGUAGGCCAUCUCAACGCCCUGUUUCCAGACCUGAUCAAGAUACUGUUGUUCGAGCAUCGUCAGGAGCACAGCUAGCUUUUAGCCACCCAGAGGCUGUUGUCAAAUCUUCCUACCCUUCUCACCUGUCCCGCCUGACCUCGACACCUUGGUCUGGGUCAUCCAGCUCCCGCCCCCUCCACUUGCGCCCUCGUCGAUUCCACACCCGUCCAUACCCAUCUCACCUGCGCGUGUCUGUCAGCCGCGCUGCACAAGACCGGCAAUACGUCAUGGCUAAUGUUCCCAAACCUGGACCGGCGAACUUGACGCCAGGUGCUGGGCUGGACGAAUGGCUUGAGGAGGCAAAACAAUGCCAUUAUCUCCCCGAGUCCGUCAUGAAACAGCUGUGCGAGAUGGUCAAGGAGGUCCUCAUGGAAGAGUCCAACAUACAACCAAUCGUGACGCCCGUCACAAUCUGCGGGGACAUACACGGCCAAUUCUAUGACCUCCUGGAGCUUUUCCGUGUCGCCGGCGGGAUGCCGGGCGAGACCAAUGUGCAAGCCCCACAGACCGCCACGACAGUGAUUACCUCGGAAGACAUCGAGCCGCCAACCGAGAUCACCAACCCGAAACUGAGAAAGAAGAUAAAGCAGUCCAAGGCGUCUGGAGAAGAAGGCGGCGAGCCAGGUGGGGACGUCGAUGACGACGCCAACACGUCUUCCGAGAGUGUUGCAAGGCCCGGCAGUUCGGGCACCGGCGUCGGUGCUGGCGCUACUGGCCCAUCACAGUCGGCCGAUACUCGAUUUGUAUUCCUGGGCGAUUUCGUCGACCGUGGAUAUUUCAGUCUCGAGACUUUCACUUUACUGAUGUGUCUCAAGGCAAAGUAUCCCGAUCGAAUCGUCCUUGUCCGAGGGAACCACGAGUCUCGACAGAUCACACAGGUUUACGGGUUCUACGAAGAAUGUCAAACAAAGUAUGGCAACGCCUCGGUUUGGAAGGCAUGCUGCCAAGUAUUUGACUUCCUUGUCCUGGCCGCCAUUGUGGACGGGACUGUUCUGUGUGUGCACGGUGGCCUCAGCCCCGAGAUCCGGACUAUUGAUCAGAUCAGGGUCGUCGCCCGAGCCCAGGAGAUUCCUCACGAGGGUGCAUUCUGUGACUUGGUAUGGAGCGAUCCCGAAGACAUCGACACAUGGGCUGUGAGUCCACGUGGCGCGGGCUGGCUGUUUGGUGAUAAGGUUGCCACCGAGUUCAACCACGUCAACGGCCUAAAGACCAUUGCUCGAGCACAUCAGCUUGUGAAUGAAGGCUACAAGUACCACUUCCCCGAGAAAUCCGUCGUGACCGUCUGGUCUGCGCCCAACUACUGCUACAGAUGUGGAAAUGUGGCUUCUAUCAUGACGGUCGACACAAACCUGGACACCAAGUUCAGUAUCUUCUCUGCUGUACCCGAUGACCAACGGCAUGUGCCCGCUGGCCGCAGGGGCCCGAGCGACUACUUCCUAUGAGCUUCUUGCAAGUGGUCGUCAGGCAUGGCUUCAAGGCUCAAGAGGCAACGCACGUGAUCACACCUUUGACGGCUGUGUUGUAGAUUCUAGAUGGGUCUCGCAUGGGGAACAUUGCGAAAGGCGUUUGGGAUACAAUGCUUGGCCCUGUUGUAUAAAUAGGGCGGAAGAUUUAGUGACGAAUGGCUGCAUUUGAUUGAUACCCCCUCCAUCGGAAGAGGGCAGGGCUUGCAACAAGAUUAAAUGAAUGAGGAUAUUAGUAUGACUUCUGUGCCACUGGGGUUUACCAAUUUCAUCUCGGGGUAAUCUUGGGUCUUGCAGGCGCAGCUCCGGUGUACGAGUGCAUAGUGCGGUGGGAAUUCGCGGGAGCUGGAAACCCACUGAGACCCGCUUGAAUUUUGCGAUAAUGAAUACAGCAAGGUUGUCCUCG